UGAGGGCAAUUGAAUUCAGUUCGUUUUUGACUUUGGCACUGAACACAGUAAAAAUCCAGGGCUAUGAAAUUCAAUCAAAGUUUAGUUGUUUAGAUAUUAUUUUGGCCAUACCUUUCAGAGAUAAAUCGUGAGUGUAACUGUUUCCCUGGAUUAAACUUUAAUAUGAUUGAUAACAAGGUACUCUUCAAUUCGUUCAAUAUUCGUGCUACCUCGGAAAUGAGUUCACGCAAAAAGAGUACGAUGCUCAGGCGACGGGCAUCGGCGGGCGGCAGGCUAGAAGCGCCAAGAGCUUCGGCCACAUCGUUGAGAACUAGGGAGAUUUUGAGGGAUCAGCAUAAUGACCUAUAUGCAAAGUUAGUCGAAUUGAAGUCGAGUCAAGCUGCAGAGGGCGGUCAGCAUUCGAAAAUGAUCUCGAAUGAGGAGACUUCAGGUCACCCAUCAGUUUCCACGGCAAAAAGCCAGGGAAUGCAUCAUCAUGAAGUGAAUGCUCCUCAGCUCGAGCACCCAGAAUCGAAUGUAGAGGAAAAGCCUUCGGGCCACGCAUCAAGGACUACAAGAAGAGGCCCAGAUUCAAUGAACUGCCCUGAUCUCGAGCUCACAGAAUCCUACCAUACAAUAGGGUCUGCAACAGACAUUCAUGCGGAAACUAAUUCCCCUGUCCUCGAGCAGAGUGAAUCGAACUUAGAGGUUAAGACUUCAGGUCACUCAGGCUCUCUAGGGACUCAUCGACGCUCGCGCAGAACUCCGAAACGAUCCGAUAUGCUGAAAGCAGUCGUUGUUUCGAUAAGGAAGCAGCUAGAGGACUCGAUAAGGACGGCAGAGUCGGUCGUCUCGUGCCACAUUUUAAGGUCGGCCACUAGAAGCCAAGUUUCCAUAAGGAAGCAUCGCAAGGCGCGCAAAGCUAUCCGCCAGUUUCCAGCUCAAAUGAAUCUCUAUGUGAAAGGCGCCACAUCAGACAGUGGCAAUGCCCAACCCGUGCUAAAGGUUGUCCUUGCUUCUAUCAGGAAGGAGCUAACUCAGUCCAUAAAGACAGCAGAGUCGCUAAUCCUGAAGGCGACGAAGCUAUGCAAUCGCCUCGAGGCCUACAACAACAUCACAUAGUCUCAAUGAGGCACUCUACGCUGACGAAUGCCUAACUGACCGAUCUGAGCUGUACCUAUAUAUGAUAUAUCUAUGAAAAUCUUGUGCAAGUCUAUUUUCUGGACUUGCCAAUAAAAAUAAAAAUUCUAAAUAAUAGAAAAACUUAAA